CUCCUGAUCAGCUGAGAUCAGCAGCAGCAGACGGCGCUGUUCUCCAGCGCGCUCCCCUCAGCUCCUCAUCCCGUGAUCUUUCCGUGUUUCUUCCAAAAUGACGGAGCCCAGCGCGUCGCCGGAGGAUCCCUGGCACAAACAGACGGACGGCACCUUUAGCGACAAUGGCUUUGACCACAGUUUCUUUGCAGAGAGUUCUCGGAAAGGAACAAUGGUGUCUAGAGCCAACAGUAUAGGAUCCACCAGUGCCUCCUCAGUACCCAACACAGAUGAUGAAGACAGUGACUACAGACAUGAGACUGCCUACAAGGACUCCUACAAAGACCGCCGCAGACAAGCCCACACACAGGCUGAGCAGAAACGGAGAGAUGCUAUUAAGAAAGGCUAUGAUGAUCUUCAGUCCAUAGUCCCUACCUGCCAGCAGCAGUCUGAGUUUGCCAUGGCCACCCAGAAGAUCAGCAAAGCCACAGUGCUGCAGAAAACCAUAGACUACAUUCAGUUUCUUCAUAAAGAGAAGAAGAAGCAGGAGGAGGAAGUGUCCACGCUCAGAAAGGAAGUGAUGGCGCUGAAGAUUAUGAAAACGAACUAUGAGCACAUAGUGAAGGCCCACCAGAAUAACCCUCAGCAGGGCAGUGAGCAGGUGUCUGAUCAGGUGAAGUUCAGCGUGUUCCAGAACAUCAUGGAUUCUCUGUUCCAGUCCUUCAGCACGUCCGUCUCCGUCAGCAGCUUUCAGGAGCUCUCUGCCUGUGUCUUCAGCUGGAUUGAGGAGCACUGCAAACCCCAGACGCUGAGGGAGUUUGUUGUGGGCGUUUUGAGGCAGCUGAAUGGACAGCUGUACUGAAGCUCUGGAGAUAUCUCUCCCUCUGGCUCAGGCUGUAGAUCUGGACUUCGCUUAAAGCCUGCUCUCAGCUGGCUCCUGCACAUCGACCAGCAGAGAUCAUCCACACACAGUAACGCCACAUGAAACCGGCCGUCUGUAAGAGUCCUUCUUAUGUAGCUUUUAUUCAGUGCAACAUGUGAUUAAUGAUUAAAAGCUGAGUGUUUUGGGUUCCUGUUAUGAGAUUAGACUGUUAGUUUGGACUGUUUGAGUGUGGUUUGACCAGGGCUGGGUGUUGUAAUUCAAAAUAUUUAGCAGUACUUUUCAGUAAUUUUCUGGGUAUUGUAAUUCAGUACUUUUAAGUGAACUACUUCAGAAUUACUCAGUAUGGAGAAAAAAAAAGUUUUAGUUUCAUACAAACACAGGGUGGUGAUUAACUGUCUAGAUUACAUGUGCACGUUAUUAUGACAUUACUGCAGAAAUGCCCAAUUUUCCAGUACCUAAAUCUAAUUUCUAGUUUAAGCCUAGGAGGGGCAGUAUGAUUUGACAAUAUUUUAAUUUAUCAUUUUAAAUUAUACAUUUAAUGAUUUAUGAUGCACUAUAUUUUUUAUGAGCAUAUCAUGAAUUUUAUUUAGUGCUUAAAGAGUAUUGUUCAACUGCAUCAUUCAUUACAGAGUAGUAACAUAACAGUGUAUUUAGUCCUAUUUAAUUGAAUAGAUUGCAGCAUAUUUUAACAAAAAGUAUAUUAUACUAGGUAGUAGUAUAGGGUAGUGUUUGCAUUUUGUCUGUAUAUCAGAAUAUCAAAAUAAAUAUCUUGGCCCAAUCCUAAUUUUCUUUUGUACCCUACCCCUUGUUUUAUCGUGUAACCCUCUCCUUUCUCCUUUGAACAGAGUUACAAAAGGGAAAAUUGGGACGAGCCUUCAGGAACCCGUUACAGAUAGAUGAUUUAUAGCAGUGGAGCUGUAAAGUUCAGCAACCUAGCUGCUGCUUAACUAGUUAACUUCGGGGCUUUAUUGUCUGAAUUAUUAUAAAUUAUUAUUAUUGUUCUAUGAUUUCUCUGUAAUGGGGAGCUGAAAUGAGCUUUUAUAGCUUCCAUUUUUGUUUUAUCCAUUCCACCUUACAGGAGAAUUCCGAUGUGAAAUAGACUUAGGGUGGAGUGAAACAUGACUGAGUACUAACCUUUGUUAAAUUAAAUAGCUGACCAGAAUACAGAUUUUUUUUGUCUAGUUUCUCCAAACAGGUUUUAGAAUGGGCGCUAUGGGGCAUUUUUUUGACACACUUCAUUGGUAGAAUUCAGAGAGCCUUGGCAUCUAAAACUAGACAAAACUAGAGAACUUUAAAAGUGCACAGGAAGUUUAACAAAAUAGACUGUUUACAUCACAUAGCUACGCUAUCUUACGCACUGCUACCUUAAAGUCACAAUAAAGUCACAAUAAGUCGCUGGUUAAGCACAAAUGGUAAAACAUUUUGAGCUACGUUCAUUUCAUUUGUUAUUGGUGCUUUUCCAUCUUAUAUCACCAGUAACCAAAUAUUUUCAGCAACAGCUGGAAUUCAUGCAUUUCCACUGAAUUAAUUUUAAAAACGGUUUAUCUAUCUUACCUAUCCGUUCAUGCUUAUAAGUGACUUAAAUUUAAGAUGGUGGCAGUCUAUUUUAAUAAACUUCCUGUGCACUUUCACAUUUUUCAUUGCUUAAUUUUAGAUGCCAAAGCUCUCCGAAUUCUACCAAUGAAGUGUGAAGUUGUUUUGAGCUUGUUAACUAUUUGUCUGCAGGGGCAAAAAUAUGCCCCAUAGUGCCUGUUGUAAAACCUGUUUGGAGAAACUGGAAAAAAUUACGUUUACCCGAAUACUGUCGGCAAACAGAGCUCCGCUAUUUAACAAAAUGUUAGUGCUCGUUAUUAUGUUUUACUACACCUCAAAUCCAUUUCACACCGAAGUUCUCCUUUAAAUGCUGUAACCUCUGCCAUCUGUUGCACUAUUUAAGGAGAAUCAGUAAAGUUAAGUAACUAAAACAGCUGAACUAUAUAUUACACUAUAAGGAAUGUAAGUAAGUAAGUAGUGGUUAUCACAAUUUAUAACAAGGAAAAUACUCAAAUUUGUGGGUUUCCUUGGGUUCUUGUGCUGCUUUUACAUUUUACUUAUCAUAGCCCUCAUUUUAAGCGUGCCUCUGAACAAUCUUGUUUUGAACACUUCCCCCUACCUUUCCAGCCUAACAAGAAUUGGAACACUUCACCCCUAGGUGUGCACUCGCAAAACAGAGGGGUAGGGCCAAGGGGUGAAAUGGAAUUGCACCCUUAUGUUAGGAAAAUAUUGUCAUAUCACUUUUUUACCAUAUCACCCAGCCCUAGUUAAGCCACAGAUUCUUUCUGUAUGUAUUUGAAUUGUGUAUUUAGAAACCAAAUCACACAAUACCCAGCCCAGGUUUGCCUACAAUUUUAAGCGAAAAUCUUAAAUGCAGAACAGAAUUUAUUCAGGCAAUAUAUUUACAGAUUAUCGAAGCUUGUGUUUAAUUUAAAAGUAGCAUUCUGUACUCUGGAAUACAGCCAACGAGACUGGGGUGUAUUCAAACCUUAAAAUGUGAGAACUUUGAGAAUGUGUUAAUUUUUUUACAAUGUGUGUUUCAUAGCUGCAAUUUUUGUGUUUUUAUUGCUCUACUGCUAUAAAACUGGCAGAGAUUGUGAUGCUGUUUUAUAUAAUAUAUGAAAUGUUUGCUCCCAGAAUGCAUUAUAUAGUCCACUAAAGUCGUGCAUCAUUCUGUAGUGCCAUUUUGUUCCCAUAUUUAGCAUUAAUCGCUAUAUUUAAUAGCAAAAAUGUAUGGGGGAUUUAAAAAAAUAUAUAUAUCACCUCUCGUCACAUUCUGCUUAUUUUAUUUUCCUGAACGUCACUGUAUUCUCAGCGUCAACAACCAAAUAACUGACUCAUAUUUGUAGAGUAUUUAAGCUUAUAUAAACAAUUAACACCGCUGAACGGAUACCCCUCUCAUGAGUGCAUCUUUCAGCUCAUAUAUUGAGUAAGCAGCUUUAAGUACAGCGACACAGCAGAGGUUGUAAAAAGUAACAGAAACCCUGCAUGACAGGGCAUUACCAAGUUGGCCGAAAAAGGUUUUCUUUCAGCAUCAGCAAUUGGCUGAUCGGCUUUAAAAACACAGAUCGGUGCAUCGUCUUGUUCUGAACAUACUAAUUCACCACACAAUUUGUUAGAUGUGAUUUUUGUUGUAAUUUACAUUUAAUUCUACCAUUGAAAAUCAGAGUCUGAAAUGGGUGCUAAAUAUGGGCACUGAUUUUCACCCAUGUUACAGAAAAAAUACCUUUCUAAAUAAUAAAUGGAGUUUAUAGGUUUGAGUAAUAAGACUUUAAUGCAUUUUGGAACUAAACUCUUCAUAUGCGUUUUAUUUAUUGUAGAGUUAGUUAUCUGAGCACAUAUUAAGGUUUAUUUUUUGGAGAAUCCUCAUUGUAUACACACACGUAAAAUCACAAUAAGGCAUAAUCCAUGCCAAACCUGACAUGCUUGGUGGUGGAAAGCACAGCUUUAAGUUUCUUUUACAGUUAAUAAGCUCUCAGAGUCACAGAUAAGCAUAGCUUUAUAAUAAUAGAAGGAUUUUGUGCCUCGUCCAGCUUAUCAGUGUAAACUGGGCUGAGAUAUUAAGCUAUAAGCCAUAUAUUGUGCAAAAAAGAAACCCACCCCAGCUGCACAGGGUGCCUGUUAUAUCCGCACCUCUCUAGUGCUUUUGAAACCAAUGCAAUAAUAACAUCAGUGUUCAGGAUCUCCUGUUGAGGUGUGUGUGCGACUGCCUAUUUGCUUGUAUUGAAGUGCAUGUGCGUGUUUCUCUUGUCUAUUGCUUACCUCUGAACUCAAACCCUCUGCUAGCUAUCAGGAUGUUUGUUUCAGCUAAAAGCUGAAGUCUCUCACACCAGCUUCUUUUCAGGAGACUAGUGUAUUAUACACAAUCAAUCACUUUCUCUUACCUCAUUUAAAUCCCAAAGCACAAUUUCAGUCAUACAUCUGCUUGAGUGCUGUGUUUAAAAGUGUAAAGAAGUUUUACCUGUUAUGAAUGUUUGUUUUGUUGUUGUUGUUGUUAAUGGAUUCACAUCAGCUGAAAUGAAAUACUUUUGAAAAUGACUGCUCAUUCUUUAGGGCUGUGAUCAAAGAUUGCAGAAAAAAAGAAAGAACUAAGAAAAAAAACUAUAGAAGACAGACCUGUCAGUCCUACUUGCAUGCUGCAAAUUAACCAGCCUAUUUGUUUAUUCAUUGUAACUGGUUCAGUACAAAUACAUGAACCAGUAAACCCCUAAAUGUACACUGAUGUUUUUUUAUUAAUAUUAUUUUGUCCAGUUAAGCAGUUAAGUUUUUUUUUAUCACUCAUUUAAUUCAGCACAAAGACACAACAUAUACUUUUGUUAUGCUAAUUUUCAAUACAUCGUCACUCUCAUGGAAACAUCUUAUAUCUCCAAAACAACUCUACAGACCUUAAAGUUGAGGUAAAAAGGCUUAAAAUAAUUAAUUUUGGAGCAUUUCUAUUGGUCAUUUAAUUUUGAGACAGAGAAUCUGACAAAGUAGAGCAUAACUGUCAGAUUCACAUGAUGUCAAAAAGUAAAAAAUAAAUAAAUAAAAUGUUUCUUAAUGUUUGAGUGAGUGACAAAAACAUCAAGCCUAGUCCUGGACUAAAAGAAUUAACCCCUUCAGACCUGAAGUACAAUCCAGUGAUUGAAUAAUACAUGAAUGCUGUUUCUCUCAGUAAAGCACACAAAUCAAGGCUCAUCUACUGUAACACAAAACCUAAAUGAAUUUUUAAGCCAAUAAACUAAAAUAUUUAAGUGUUUUUGUAAUGUCCAUUACAUUGGAAGCCCGUGUUUAACAUUUUAUUUUCAAUUUGAUACUGACCAUCCCUAAACAUGAUAAAAAAAAGUAAAAAAUGAGUCCUUAAAUUGCCUUGUGUGCUCUAGUUAUGCUAUGCCCUAAUGUCUUUAAUGAGAUUUUUUCCAUUGCAGUGGGUGAGGAUAAACUACUGUUUCAUUGGCUGGUUUAUGAUCUAUUUUGAAGGACAACACAACCGAUCUAAAUUUGUGUUAUCUGUGCCACAAAUCAUUAAAAAAAUAAAUAAAUAAAAUGCACGAGGUCCAUUGCAAUAGAUGCAGAGUCUGAAAGGGUUAAGAUUCAGCUUUAAAUGGAAAUGGUAAUUCUACCCAAUACUGGGCUUAAUUGUUGUCUGUAUAACCAAAAUCAAAGUAGUAAGUAUUAUGUGAGUCAAAAGUCGCAGAAACACCCUUUUAUUUCAGAAACAAAAGAGAAACUCCACCUCACUCCUUCACUGGCAAUACUCCAGCAUUAGGAGGGUAAAGACUAGCACAUGCCUCCUCUGAUACAUGUGAAAUCAGCCACCAACUGUUUUCCAACUACUGCUGAUGCAGCAUUACCAAGUAGCAAACAGCAAACUUGGAGAAAAGCGCAACGACCCAGCUCCAAUACAUCAGCUCACAGACGCCUGUCCUGACCAACAUUACCUAGACAGUGUUGUGGGGAGAGAGCGCCAUCUACUCACCCAGAGAAAGCAUGAUCAAUUGUGCUCUCUCAGACUCCAGCUGCUGAUGGUGAGCUGCAUGACCCGGACAUGAACCAGAGAUCAACUGAUAAUAGUGGCAGCGCCUUAACCUGCUUGACCACUCGAGAGUGAGAAACGAGGGGGCUUAUAUUUUACCCUGUGUUCACACUGGCAGGUGACAAGUUGUCUCGACAAGCUACAUAUCAAAGCUUUACUUUUCCAAACUGCUCUUUACCUUUUCUGUCACCUUCAGAACCACCUCACCUGUUUGAUGCUCCCUUUCUGUAUUGCAGUUACAAAUCACGCCAUCCCAAACUAAAUAAAUGGGCACCUGUCGCCUGCCAGUGUGAACACUGGGUAAGGCUAUGCCCAGAACAUGGCCACCAUCUUUAAUUUUAAGAUGUAAUGUUUAAUUUCUAAAAUAAAAGGGUGUCCUGGGACUUUUGACUCAUAUAUUAUAUAUCAAAGACUAAUUGAAGUGAGCAAAUGUUUACCUUAAUAAGAAGAAUUUUGGCUUCUCAGGAAAACUGAACCGCUGUAUAUUCAGGUAUUCAUGGUUGUUUUUAAUGAGUGAUGGUUAAUUAGGCUGAUGGAUGUUGCAUAUUGGGGAAGAAAAAGGGACUCUUUGUCUUUAGCCAUAAUGGGAUGCAGCAGGAACCAUAGGCUUUACACAGACAAAAGACACUGUUCUAAAGACUUUAUCUGCUGAUUUAGACCAGAGAUAUAUUUUGUAUAAACGCAAACGUUUGUAAUCAGAAAAUAAAGUUUAAUGUUUAAACUUA